AUUAAGUCUUAUGUCUGAGGAGCAGCUUUCUAAUCUCUGAUCUCUGAUAACACUCUCCCAUGCCUGGGGUUUUGCCCCCUGUCCCUGAUUUUUCAACUUCUACUUGACGCAUACCUUUGCGCGCUCAUGCAUGUCCACCUGGAUUUAGUUUGCAUGGUGGAUUUAGUUUGCAUGGUGGCUUAAGCGUUCGUUAGUUUUAGCCUGUUUUUUUAUCCGCACUUUGGAUGAUUGUGGAUGACUAAUCAUGCGUAACUGUGAUGAUCUUUUGGGCACAGGAGCCCUGAGUCGUGUUGGAUUAAGAGUCCGUGACCCCCUGCUGCUUCUGGAUCAAGCGCCUGUCUAUUCUCUCACAUCACUUGCACCUGUUUGCUGCCUUUGACUUGCCGGCAUGGAGAGCGAGCUGAGACCCAGGGUGUGCUACCUGGUCAAAACAGAACGAGGGUACGGAUUCCAUCUUCACGGUGAGAAGAACAAAGGUGGACAGUUCAUACGAAAAGUAGAGGCCGGUUCCUCAGCCGAGCUGGCCGGGCUGAGACCUGGGGAUCGAGUCGUGGAGGUGAACGGGGAGAACGUGGAGAAGGAAAGCCAUCAUCAGGUGGUAGAGCGUAUCCGAGAAGUUCCUCAUCGUACCAGACUAUUGGUAGUGGAUCGAUAUACCGACGACUACCUCCAGAGCUGUGGCUUGGAGUGCACAGAGGAUUUAGCCAUCGAGAUGGGAUCCCUCUCCCCGCGUCCCUCGCCUGGGCCCUCACCCUCUACCUACCCCGUUCCCCGAGUGAUUUCACCCAAGUCCCCCAAAUCUGACGACACACUUCCUGCUGCAGACUCGCCCGCUCUCGCGUUCCUUCGAGGCAAGGUCAAGAGCUUCUCUUUGACAUCGAGCUCUGUGACGGAUACAGAGACGGAGGCCUCGCCAGAACCAUCAACCAAGCUCCUUCCCCGCCUGUGUCAUCUGGUGAAGGGGGAACACGGCUAUGGUUUUAACCUGCACACCAACAAGGCCAAGUACGGACAAUUUGUACGCUCAGUGGACCCCCACUCACCCGCCGAGUGUGCUGACAUGCGGCCAGGAGACCGACUGGUGGAGGUAAACGGAGUGAAUAUCGAAUGCCUGAGGCAUACGGAGGUUGUGGCACUCAUUCGAGCAGAAGAGCGAGAAGUGCGUCUUCUGGUGGUCGACGAGGAAACAGACGACCUGUUCCACAGACUUGGGAUCACACCCACAGCACGACAUGUGUACAUGGACGAAUCCUCUACAGAAGUCGCCUCAUCCGCGCCUUCGCCCACCACUGAACACCUUUGUACCCCCGAAGCACCCAUCGUACACGUCACACUGGCGGACACCGCCAUCACAAACAUGUCCCCCAAACCGCGAGCCAAUGGGAGCUAUGCAUCCCAGUCCUCAACCGGCUCUACCACCCAAUCCGAAAUCAGUAGCUCUGAUAUGAGCUUCCAGGUCCCCGAUGAGGACGACAGGCGUGUUUCGGACCCUUUCAUAGACAGUGGUCUUCGUCUGAGCCCCACAGCGGCCGAGGCGAAGCAAAAGGUUCUUGCCGGGCGCAACAGAAAGAGGGCGCCCCCUAUGGACUGGAGCAAGAAACAGGAGAUCUUCAGCAACCUCUGAGUGCACAGAACUGAAAUAAUGCAGACUAUGAUUUAUGAAUUCUUAUGUCAGCACCAUCAACUUGCGAGUAACUGAAACUAACAAGCAAGUAAAAACCGAACACCUCCAGCCAUAGCAAUAUUUUUAAGAAAGUGGGCCCUUCCACUUAAAUCGGUUCCAUUUGCAUCAUAAGGAAACUACUUUAUCAUGCAUUUUAACUACAUUUCAUAUUAGAGAAAGUGUUGUGCACAUUGAUUUAAAUGCACAUUGGGAAAAAAAUUAAUUUUAAAGAUUAAUUUAAAGCACUGGAAAAAUUGCAAUUUUUUUGCCUGUGCCCGCUUCCUAAAGUUAGACUUGAUCAUACAAUUUCUCUCUUAUCCCAUUUACUAUAUUUUAUUCUUAAAAGAACAGAGUGUACCCUAUUUCCUAGACCAGUGUUUCUCAAAUGGGGGUACAUGUACCCCUGGGGGUACUUGAAGGUGAUUAAAGGGGUACGUGAGAUUUUUUUUAAAUAUUCUAAAAAUAGCAACAAUUUAAAAAUCCUUUAUUAAUAUAUUUAUUGAAUAAUACUUCAACAUAAUAUAAAUGUAAGUUCAUAAACUGUGAAAAGAAAUGCAACAAUGCAAUAUUCAGUGUUGACAGCUAGAUUUUUUGUGGACAUGUUCUAUAAAUAUUGAUGUUUAAUAUUUCUUUUUUUUAUUAAGAAAUGUUUAGAUUUAAGUUGAUGAAUCCAGAUGGAUCUCUAUUACAAUCCCCAAAGAGGGCACUUUAAGUUGAUGAUUACUUCUAUGUGUAGAAAUCUUUAUUUAUAAUUGAAUCACUUGUUUAUUUUUCAACAAGGUUUAAGUUAUUUUCAUAUCUUUUUCCAAAUAGUUCAAGAAAGCCCACUACAAAUGAGCAAUAUUUUGCACUGUUAUACAAUUUAAUAAAUCAGAAACUGAUGACAUAGUGCUGUAUUUUACUUCUUUAUCUCUUUUUUUCAACUAAAAAUGCUUUGCUCUGAUUAAGGGGUACUUGAAUUAAAAAAAAAAAUUCACAGGGGGUACAUCACUGAAAAAAGGUUGAGAACCACUGUCCUAGACUAUAGAGUGCACCUGUAUUUAAGCCGUAGCCACCAAAUUAUAGAAGAAAAAAUAUUCACUUAUUUUAGCCGCACUGGACAAUAAAGCCGCAGGUAUAUACGAGAUAUUUUUAAAUGUUUAUUUACAUAUCUUAAUUGUUUCCAAACAAUGCCUGUAACACAGCAGUAAAACAGGUGAUCGAACAAAACAGAAGUCAUCGUUAUGGACCCUCUAGCUGCGGAAGCUCUCUCUCUAAUCAGCUAAACAGACUCAAUAACUUCACGGUGACGUUUUGGUGAAUUUACAAAACUGAAACAAUACAAAAAAUAAUGUUAUUGUAAGUAAUACUCACACAGACAUUUGUAAACUUGUAAAUGUCUUAGCAUAUUUUCUAAUGCCAAAGACGCUAACCAGAUUACACUACGAUAGCACGUACAAAUAUGCAUGAAAAAACUCCUACAGACUUUACACAUGGGAUGGUUUGCUAAGCAUGAAUUGUUUUAGAUAGAUUGUAAAUACGUACAAACUUUGCUUGGAGUAAUGAAUGAAAAUCCUUUCGAGCAAUUGUGUACGAUUUUUACUUAUGGUUCGAGGAACGAAAAAGGAAGUACAUUUUUUAACCAGCAACGCCUGCAGUGAGCGAACUCGUCCAAAAGAUGGCACCAUAGCACAAACAAUAACACACCUUUUCAGUGUGUCUGUCAGUGUAAUACAAACCAUUUUUGUUGAAUACAAAUUAUUAUGGCCGUUAAAGAAAAAUCCAUAAAUUAACCCCACCGUUUUAUAGGCCACUGGGUUCAAAGAGUUAGGAAAAUGUAGCAGCUUAAAGUCCGUAAAAUAUCGUAGUUAAAAUUCACACUUUAUUUGGGUCCCCCCAAGUGGAGGAGUUCAAGUACCUAGGAGUCUUGUUCACGAGUGAGGGAAGAGUGGAUCGUGAGAUCGACAGGCGGAUCGGUGCGGCGUCUUCAGUAAUGCGGACGUUGUGUCGUUUCGUUGUGGUGAAGAAGGAGCUGAGCCGGAAGGCAAAGCUCUCAAUUUACCGGUCGAUCUACGUUCCCAUCCUCACCUAUGGUCAUGAGCUUUGGGUCAUGACCGAAAGGAUAAGAUCACGGGUACAAGCGGCCCAAAUGAGUUUCCUCCGCCGGGUGGCGGGUCUCUCCCUUAGAGAUAGGGUGAGAAGCUCUGCCAUCCGGGAGGAGCUCAAAGUAAAGCCGCUGCUCCUCCACAUCGAGAGGAGCCAGAUGAAGUGGUUCGGGCAUCUGGUCAGGAUGCCACCCGAACGCCUCCCUAGGGAGGUGUUUAGGGCACGUCCAGCUGGUAGGAGGCCACGGGGAAGACCCAGGACACGUUGGGAAGACUAUGUCUCCCGGCUGGCCUGGGAACGCCUCGGGAUCCCCUGGGAAGAGCUAGACGAAGUGGCUGGAGAUAGGGAAGUCUGGGCUUCCCUGCUUAGGCUGCUGCCCCCGCGACCCGACCUCGGAUAAGCGGAAGAUGAUGGAUGGAUGGAUGGAUUUGAGUCCUCAGAUUUUCUUUCACUACUGUUGUCAUGACAACCCUUUGAAAAAUGUGAAACACUACACAAGUCACUUGAUCCACAGGAAAUUGCACCAUUCAGAAAAAAGAAAAUACAUUUAAAUGUAAAUAAAUCGAUUUUUCUACAAAUUGCCAUUCUUAUUUUUAACGAUUAUUAAUCCAUAAAAAAAAUAAAUUAAUUGAUUGCUUUGUUUUUUCAAAAAUAUGUCCCUUGCAGCCACUUUUGUAAAUGUUUGGGUAGAAUUUUAAUAAACAAGACCAGUUUAAUUUAUAGUAAUAUAUAAAUUAUUCAGAGUUGUUUAUUUUAUGGAGGAAUGAAGUUAUUCGUACAACUGGCACACAAUGUUAUUUAAAAAAUACUGAUUUUGAAUCUAGAAAAGUUUGAAUAGAGAAUCGAUUCUGAAUUGAGUCAUUACCCCCAAGAUUCAAAUCAAAGUGAAUCGUGUGGUGCCCAAACUAUUCGCAUAUAAAGGCAGUGCAUGUUUUUGCUAAUUAUAUACUUAAAACCCCUGUCUUGUGGCUCAAAUAAGUCAUCUUGGGCUUAGAAAUAUUGUUCAAAGACAAAAUAAAGUUGCCUGCAAUGGGCUGACACAUAUAAAGAGUAGUUCAAUGUCUAUUCUCAGUAAUCUCAUAUUUAGAGUUGGAAAAAAAUACAGAAAUGUAAGAGUAUUUUGAGAGAGUUACAAUAAGCAAAUGGCACUGAUUCAGUGGAAUGGCCAUCAUAAACGACUGAAAGUGAUGUACAUGCAUACAUGAUCUGUUCUGUGAAAUGCUCACACUUCACUCGGUGGGCAGACACACACAUUAAUGACAACUGUGACAUUGUGUGGACCAUACACAUAUUCUGUACUGUAAAGUAGUCUUAAAGAUAUGCUUUGAUUUUAUCUGCGUGUCUGAUUCAGUUCUAGAGGUUUUUGUUGUUGUUGAAGCUUUCGAAGCUAUAUUGUCUAUUUUCGACCGUUGGUCCCUGUCGGGGUUGCGGGGGUGCUGGAACCUAUCCCAGCUGCAUUCUGGCGGAAGGCGGAUUACACCCUGGACAAGUCGGCACAUCAUCACAGAUGCUAUGUUAUUUAAGUCAUGUUAAUUUAAACACAAACAUAUCAACAAAACAUCAGCGCUUCAGUGUAAGAGGUGUGUUUAUAAAGGGAAGGAUGUACUGUAAAAGUGAAAUGUUUGCUCAAGUAGACCAUGUGAUCCUUUCGUGAGAAAUGUUCUCUGUAGUCUGCUUGUGUGUGUGUGUGCCUGUGUGUAAAAUGCUAUAAUUAAAUAAACAUAUUUUUUUCAAA